AUGUGCGGCGCACCGUCCGCAGCCCGCGCACGCACACGGUCGUCGUCGUCGCCGUGCUCGCGGCGGCGGGCUUUUACUUUUCGAACCUGCAGACGGUGCCUGUGUCGGGGCCGGCGGCGCUUCAACUGCUUCGCCGACGAGACGGUCGCCGAGCUGAGCGCGCAGCAGGUCAGGCAGAUUGAGCUCGAGGUCGAGCGCCAGGGCGGCCGCUUCCUGCCCGAGUGGGAUCCCAGGACGAGGCUCGUCAAGCGCGUCAUGGCGAGGCUCAUCCCCGUGUCCGGCGGCGGGGUGCUGCCGCGGGACGAGCACGACGGCGCCGGGCCGCAGCACGACACGUGGUGGGGCGGCGGCCAGGAGGGCGACGGGGACAAGAGCGGCGGCGGCGGCGGCAGCAGCAAGGUGGACUGGGAGAUCCGGGUCAUCGACGACCCCAACACGAUGAACGCCUUCGUGCUGCCGGGCGGUAAGGUGUUUGUGCACAGCGGGAUCCUGCGGGCGACGCGGACCGAGGCUGGGCUGGCGGCGGUGCUGGGCCACGAGAUUGCGCACAACAUGGCGUCGCACGUCGGCGAGCGCAUGAGCGGGUCGAUCGGCAUCAACAUUCUGCUCUACAGCUUCUACGCGGCUGUCAACCAACAUCGUAUUGAGAAGAUUCAGAGCUGGCUGCCCCAGGCUCUGGAGAAGUUCCAAACCAGCGACUGUCAGGGCACGUCGGCGUUUGCGGAUGCUUUUCGACGGGCACUCGAGCGCGGCACGCAAUUCCAGACCAUCUACAUGUGA